AUGACAUCAUCAAAAACCAUCUUGGACUCGUUGAUCGUAGCCGAACGUAAAUUUGUGGAGAAUGAUUUAAAUACUCUCGUAGAGAAAUAUUUAAUUCCACUUUCGGAUGAAGAUUCAUCACCUCUCGUGGCGUCCACAGCAACAACAACAUCAGCAACAUCGGAAACGUCUCACAAUCAUCAUGCCGAAGAAAAUUAUCUUCACAAUGUGUCCAGCAGUUUAACAAUCAUUAAAAAUUUACACAAGUUCACCUUGUCGAGAUUGGAGAAAUCAGAUUUGGAUCCUAAUACAUUGGGUGCUCUAUUUUCAACAGUGACCUCCCAAUUACUUGCUCCAUACAAACAAUAUUACACAUCAGUUCCAAAAAUUAUGAACUAUUUGCAAAAAGAAAAGGAGCAUAAUGAAAGUUUUAAAAAUUGGUUGAGCCAAAAUGAUGAGGCCACACUCAAUCGUUUGUUGGUGGAAGCACCACAACAACAUUUGAACUUUUAUUCACAACAACUGAAUGAAUAUUUAAAGACUACAAAUGUUUCACAAGAAGAAAGGGCUCAUGUUGAGAGCAGUUUGGAUUAUUUAAAAAAAACAAUGGAAGCCAUUGUUAAGGCACAACAUGAGAAACAUCAUACACCUAUUCGUCGCCUCUCUGAGAAGCAAUAA